AUUAUAAAAUAUUUCUGAACGUUAUAUUGUUAGUCUUUUGCAAAAAUAGCUGCAUAGUUUGAGCAACUAAAACUAAUAAGCUUUAUCUAAUUGUUUAAUUUAAUGAAAAAAGAGAAUUUAAUUUUGCACUAAUAAUGUAAAAUCAAUAAUAAAAUACAUUUCCGUCAGCUUUAGUAACUUCUGACAGAUAGGCUGAUUCUUGACACCAUUAAAACAGGUCACAUAAUAUCUUCAGGAAUAAUAAGUUUCAACUAAAUUUGUACAUCACAAUAGCAUCAUGAUCAGAGUAGUGACUCUCUGCCUACUAUUCACACAUAUCAGUUGCCAACAACAAGAGAGUUUUAAUCUUUCUGACAUAUUGAAAAUGGAAGAAACUUUAAAAGAAUCUAUAGAAUUCGUAAAGAAUAAAGUUACAGAUAAACGCGGGGUACUUUUUAUUGGCAUUGCUAAAGCUGGAAAAAGUACAUUAAUGAAUUAUGUAAUUGGUAAAAAAUUAAAGGCUGUAAGAACGCAUAAGUUCGAAAACAUAAUGAUUACACAAGAAAGCGAAGGAGAUGCUGCUCCGGAAAUUGGUAACAAAUCUACAUCAUUAACCACAAUUCCAACAAAGUGGAAAUCGAACAAAAUUCCCGAUUUUACUCUGUGGGAUUGUCCUGGAUUUAGUGAUAAUAGAGAAUUAAUACAAGACGUUACUAAUGCCUUGUAUAUCUAUCAAUUGAUAAAAAGUAUUGAUGAAAUAAAAUUUACGUUGGUUAUUAGUUAUGAUGCCUUUAAAGAUGAUAACAUUCAACCUUUUCUAACACUUUUAACCCAUAUUGCAACAUUGUUUGGUAAUAACUUUAAACAUAUUUAUGACAGCAUAUCAGUCAUUUUCACAAAAGUGCCGUUCUCUGUAAAUAACGAAGUCGUUAAUAAUGAAUAUAUAAACAGCAAAUUGCGGGAAAAAGUUGUAUUAAGAACUCAAAUAAAAAUGGAUGAAAGUUCUCGAAAUUUCAUCAAUUAUUUAACAAAUAAUGAAGAUAAUAUUGCCAUAUUUAGAAGACCAAAAAGAGAAGGUAAACUCACUACUUGUGUUAAUGAUAACAUAAUGCCGGCAAUUAGAAAAACAAAGAAAAUUAACAACAUUUUAAUCAAAGAUGUAAAACCAAGCCUUUCUGUUGAAUCUUCUUUGUACUUGCGCACAAGCCUGUCAGAUUUACUGCAGACGAAAUCAUUUUUAGACAUGCAAAAUGAUGUAUCAAGAAUUCUACAAUCUUUAGAAAAAGAAAUAGAUGGAAAAAAAUGUAUUCAAAAUUUUGGAUGUAUGUCAUAUAAUAAAGUCAAGCUUACAAGAUAUGCAUACAAAAUAAAAUUAUAUAGUAAUAGAAAUAAUUAUGCAUUUGAUAAUAUAGAAAUGCUUAAAAACCUGCGCGUUGAAUUCAAAGAAUCAAUACAUAAGAGGAAUCUGUUAGAAAUAAUGAAAGCAGUUUCAUUUAUCGAUAUAGUUCUGAAAAAAAAUGCAGAAAAGCAAAUAGCAUUAUUUGUUAAAUCCAUUAUGGAUCAUUUUGAAGCAGCUAUUGUAAACUUAAUAGCAAAGAUUGAUUACAAUUAUUAUAAUAUGCACAAAAAUAAGUUUACUGUCACCAUAAAAAACUAAGUUAAAAUUUUCGUUAAUUUAUAAUUAAUUAUUAUAAUUAUUAUUAUUAAAAUUAUUAUAAUUAUAUUUAUUAUAUAAUUUAUAUAUAAUUAUAAUGUUCAGAAAUAAUAAUAAUUAGUAUUUAGAAACAGUAAAAUUUAACUAUAUAAUAUGUAAUAAUAUCCGUCCAGUAGACGAAACUAGACAAUAGUAACCGAAAAACUCGCUGAUACAAUAUAAACAAUUAUAUUUCUAUGUACUGAAAAAUGUAAAAUAAAUAUAAUAAAAUUAAUGUUAGAAAUAUA